AUGCCGAACGGGGACCUGUCGCUGUCGCAGCAGAUUCAGCAGCUCAACGAUGCCCGCAAACACGUCCUUGGCGAUGUGAAGCUGUACCCUGGCGUCGUGCGUGGUCUAAUUCCGAGCAUAGGCGUUUCGGCGCCGCUGGAGCUGCGCCGAUGGGGCGCCGACUUUUUGGCGGAAGCCUUUGCUACGCCGGUGCUGCCCAACGGCGAAAAGGAGACACUGGCACCGUACGUCUUGGCAACCCUCGAAUUGCUGGUGCAGAAACCAGAUGAGGACCACUACGUCCUGCGGGGUGUCAUACAGACAGCGGCUAGCAUCUACCCGCUGGCGCUGAGAUGGAUAAUCAACAAUUCAUAUGAUACGGUUACCUGGGAACGGAUGGUGGCCAUAAAACAAAGAAUUCUACAGAUUUGGGACACAGCGACGCCGACAGUCAGAAUCUGCUGUAUCAAGUUCGCGCAGCGCGUGGUGCUGGCACAGACUGUCUCUUCCAUGGGAGACCACAGAUAUGCCGGUGGACUCGAUAUUUCUCUUGAUAAAAUCCCCCCAAACCACCAAACACUCGACCCUCGACCUCUCGAGGCUGAAGCAUCCGGGCUCUUGGACCGUAUGCUUAGCGCAUUGCAGGAAUCCAAUGAUGCCCUGGUUGUCGAUGCGACUCUGAAUUGCUUAUCCAUUCUCAUUCGAACCCGGCCAGAAACUUCCAACCGAAUUAUCAACGCCAUCUUCGCCUUCAACCCUCUGAACUUUGCACCGUCACCGUUGACCCCCAGGGGCAAAGUCAUGGUUAGGUCAAUGGAAAAGACUGUGCGAUCACUCCUGGUCAACCUGAGCAGAAGGGAUCCUCACAACCCUAUUGUGCCACGAAUGCAGCAACAUGUCGAACGGAAUAUGCGCCUGAUUGCCGAGGCUUUCGAUGACAGUGGAAAGAAGAGGGCGCUAAACGCACCGCAACAUGACGGAAAUGAUGCCAAACGUCAACGCAUCACAGCAGCCCAGAUCCAAAUCCCCGCCCUUGGGGCUGGGCCUCACAGCCUCGCUGAUCUGUUUAGCCUUGUCAGCAACGAUGGCUUGAAGACAUUUGAUCUAUCGCUCGUACCGCCCGCGAUGGUCACAAAAUUAGCGGUUACAAUCCUUGCCAGGCUAGAUUCACAACUACUGGCCAAGGCUGUUGACGGCGUUCGUGAUAGACUUCAGACAGUGGCAAAUGCGCCGGCGGCAGAACUCAAUCCUAAUACAGCACCACUUGGAGUUGAUGACGACGACGAUGACUACGAGCCGGAUUUCUACCAGGCUGAAGAUACGGAGCAGAUUCUGAACAAGCUGGACAGUGAGCCCUCCGGCCUGGACCCUAUCCAUCUCGACGACAGCCUGGCGCUCAGAUCAUUUAGCCUAGCCCAGCCGCAACAAAUAACGCCGGAACUGGCCCUCAGCGCUGGUGCCGGCACGGUAGAAAAGGUUGUGGAUAUGAUGAAGUCACUCGAAGACUCGUCAGCAAAAAAGGCCAGGGCUGGUUUCAUGCGGUUGGCCGCCAGCUCUGGCACGAGGGAUUCAUGGAUGACGAUUUUGUCACGUCUUGCGACGAGAGCAUCUGCUGGACUAGAUGAGAUUCUUGUCAAGGGCGAAGACGAUGACAACGUUUCAUCAACCUCGCUGCCAAACACAAUCCGUGAACUUUUGUACAAUUACAUAAUGGAAGACUUUCGCAAGCACAUUGACAUUGCGGUAUCAUGGCUUUGCGAGGAGUGGUACAACGACCGACUACUAACCCAGACAAACCGCGACUACCCCAAGUCGUACGAAAAGUGCACCCUGCGUCUCCUGGAUGGCUUCCUGCCAUAUGUGCACCCACAAGACAAGGUUUUGACGCGAUUCCUGAGCGAAAUCCCCGAGUUGAAUAAGGAGAUUCUGUCUCGGGUGAGACGCAUGUGUCGCGAUCCGCUCGUUGUCAAACUUGCCCUGACGAGCUUGCUAUAUCUUGUUCUCAUGCGACCACCGGUCAAGGACAUGGCGUUAGAUACUGUGCAAGAUAUUUGGACAGAGUUAUCUGUCGAAAUACCGACCAGGGUUCUUGGAGGCGGCGGCUGCCAGUCGGGCAGAGGACGGGACAUCGGCCAACUCUGCUAUUGCGGCGUGAUUGCGUGGACCACUGGACAAGAUGAAGAGCGGUUGGAUGUUCAAGGUGAUGUUGAUGAUGGUACGAAGAGUGUAGCGGCGCAUGGCAUUGUGACGGGCGUUUCUCGAGGGUCCUUUCUACAGGAGCAAGAAGAAGAUUUUUGUACAUUAGAGCGUAUGGACGCGCGCUGGAAGAGCAAUCUACAGCCACGCCACGGAUACUACAGUCAGAAUACGACACCGGUGCCAUGGGGGUGCAUGCAGCAUGCCUGUUUGACACGCGAGCCCCGGCUGGAGAAGCACCGAAAGUGGGCAUAUGCGAGGAAACGAGAUCCCGCAAGGCAUAUAUUAGUUCUCGAAGCUUGA